AGAGUGGGUCGAUAAUCUCGGCGUGGUUCAGUCGAUUUCGCUGCGCUUGCGGUCAGUGAUCAGUCAAGAAUCGGAAGCGUUGGAGAACGUUUCGUGACCUGUGGAUAACUGAGUUCAAGUGUUAUUAACAAAAUACUUGUAAAUAUUUAUAAAUAACCAACAAAAAAAAGUCCAAUUUGUGUAGUGUUUAUGUUUUUGUCAAUAAAGUAAAGAUGGAACAACUGACAUCGUUGCUGAUUACUUUGGCUGCUUUACUAACGCUCCUGCCAAAUGUUCUACAUGCAAACCAGCCUGUUAUUAGCCAUAUUUCCAAAGACGUUGUCGCCAGUGUAGGUGAAGAUGUACAGUUCAACUGCACUGUUGAGAAUGUUGGUCGUAUGUCUGUUAGCUGGGCCAAACGAUCUGUUGUCUUGUCUAUGCGAAACAUAUUAAGUUUGAGCGACCCGCGUUACACGAUAAGCGAAACGAGGGACGAUGAUGCCGGCAGUGCUACUUACUCUCUGAAGAUAACGAAAAUCGAGGCGAGCGACAUGGGGCCAUAUGAGUGCCAAGUGAUUGUGUCUGCAACUGAUAAAAUUACAAAGAAAUUAAAUUUAUCCAUUAAGCAUCCACCAAUCAUAUCAGAAGAACGUACGCCGAAGUCCAAACUAGUUACCGAAGGACAGAAUUUGGAAGUGAGUUGCCAUGCCACUGGUUUCCCGCAACCCACUUUGUGGUGGAAGCGUGAAGAUAAUGCUAUCAUGCCGGCUGGUGGUCCAAUUCUUUCCGGGCAUAUACUGCGCAUCAAGGAGGUACAUCGACUUGACCGCGGCGCUUACUACUGUGUCGCUGACAAUGGCGUAGGACAGCCUGACGAGCAUAAAGUGCUGAUUGAGGUGGAAUUCCGGCCACAAAUCGCUGUGUUACGUCCCAAGGUGGCACAAGUUUUGGCACACGUUGCUGAAUUGGAAUGCAGUGUGCAGGGAUAUCCUGCUCCUGCCGUUUUCUGGUACCGCAAUGGUGCCAAACUACAGUCGAAUUCCCGAUACGAGAUUUCCAAUACUGCCUCAUCGCACGAAACCACAACAUCCGUACUUCGCAUAGCAAGUGUUUCCGAACCGGACUUUGGUGACUACUACUGCAACGCCACCAACAAAUUAGGACAUACAGAUGCACGGCUGCAUUUAUUCCAGCCGGUGAUUCCAGUGCCUUCUUCUCUUUGAGAUGAGUAUUAAAUUUGAAUAAUGGUGUUUUCACUUACCUUCGUAUUCGUAUAAUGCGAAGGUUUGCAAAGCUGAAAACGGACGUGCUGUACUCAGACAUGAAGUGCUUCGUUUAUAUUUAAGCUUAUUAUGUAUGUGUGUUGUAUUACACAAAUUUGACUGGCGAAUUUUUUAAUAAUAUACCAUGUAUGUGUAAGUACAUAUGUAUAUCAUUUUAUUCUUUUUGGACCAUUUCUUUUGUCAAUUCUUUUAAUUCAAUUAAAUUUGAUUGACUCGAACAAAUAACGCACA